AUGCCGAGAGUACCGAUUCCCGUCACACGUCAGAUUCGCGCGUGGCGUUCGUCCGCAGGCAGCGCGCGCAACCGCCGUCGCUUUACACUGGAAUGGGGAGGCGCGGAAGGGGAGGACGACGUCGGAAGUCCGGGGAGGGCGGAGGGGCCGACAGCGGAGGAGGCGGGGAAGCGGAGGGAGCGCAUGGGGGCGGAGAUGCGCAAGGCGGUGGCGCAGCUGGACAAGGCGGAGCCCGCCGCCGUCAUCGACGGGCUGCAGCGCCUGCACGCGCGCAUCGCGAAGCACGGCGCGCGGGCCGUCGACGCGUACGUGCGCGUGUCGCCGCCGGACUGGCUGCAGCUGCUCCGCCUGUGGGACGCCUGCCACCGCCGCGGCGCCUCGCACCAGCGGGGGAGAGGGAGGGGCGAGAGGGGGAAGCACGUGGGCGCACAAGGCGGGGCAGCAGGCGCCGUGUUCUGGUCUGGCACACCAGCGGUGGUCGUGGGGGGCGAGCAGGGGGAGCAGGGGGAGCAGGGGGAGCAGGGGGAGCAGGGGGAGCAGGCGAAGCAGGGGGAGCAGGGGGAGCAGGGGGGGCUGGGGGAGGAGGCGGACGAGGGGGAGGAGGGGGCGGUAGGGGUGUUGCUGGGCAAGCAAGGGGUGGGGGCGUGCGCGGACGUGGGGGAGGUGCCAGCGCGCGUGCUGAUGGUGGAGUGGGUGGUGGCGUGCCUGGCUGUGGCGGAUGCCGCCACUCUCACGCACGCCCUCGUGGCGCACAGGCACAACCUGGCCCGCAUUCUCUGGCGUCUAGCGGUCGACCACCCCGUGACGGCUGGCAAGGUGUUGUGGGUGCUGCAGGCGCGGGUCAUGGCUGCCAGUAGCAAUGUGCCACGUGGCCUGCAGGGAGCUCUGUUCGGGGAUAGUGCGCUGGAGCAGAUGGCGCGUGUGGCGGGGAGGGAGGAGGGGGGCGGCGGGGAGGGGGGCGGUGCGGGGGCGGUGGCAGCAGGGAUGGCGCUGCAGGUGCUCCUGGCCGUGUGCACGCACCCCCGCCAUGGCGUGCUCGUGGGGGGCAGUGGAGGGGGCGCGCAGCAGGGGAGACCACAGGAGGGGAUGGAAGAAGAGGGGGAGGGGGAGGAUAUGGCGGAGGAAGGGAUGGGAGGAGGGGGCAAGGAAGGGCAGGGGGGAGUGGCGGGCACGGAGGGUGCGGGAGGGGUGUGGGAGGAGGAGUCGGGCAAGGGCGGGUCGGCCUCCUCCGCUGCUGAUUCCCAAGCGUCCUCUCAUUGGUCGGCCGGCAUGGAUCGUCUCAUUCGCCUCGCGCGUGGGCUGCAUGUGCUGCAGUGUGCGGCGCACCGCUCGCUGCUGCUGGCCAUGGCCCAGGCGUACCCUCCCCUGGCUGCCGCCUACCUGCAGCGCCCUCCCUUCUCCCUGCACCCCACGCCCCACGCCCACUGGUUCGCGGGCAUGGCGCUGGUGAGCCGCCUUGUGCGCGUCUGCUCCACAAUGCCCCUCCUCUCCGCCUCCGCGCCCUUCUCCCUGCACCUCCCCUCGCCCAACGUCUCCCCCCUCCUCGCCCGCAUGCUCCCCCCAUGCCUGCCGCGCCCUGCCCUCACGCGCGCCGUGCUGCACCGCUCGCCCCGCGUGCGUCUGCUGGCGCUCUGCACGCUGCUCGACUGCCUCUCCGCCACCCUGCCCCUCCUCGCCCUCGCCCUCCCCCUCGCCGCCACGCACGCCCGCACGGGUGCAGCGGGAGAUGCAGAUGAGGGAGGUGAGGGAGGGUUGUGGUGGGCGAGAGGGAAUGAGCGUGGGGAUGGGGGAGAGAGGACGAGUGAGGGGAAUGUGGAGGCGGUGGAGGAGCAGCAGGUGGCGGGCAGGUAUUGGAGUGCGGUGGUGGCGGGGGUGCGGGUGCACGUGGUGGGCGCCGUGCCCGACGUGCAGAUCGUGCUGCGCGUGCUGGCUGCCUCCCCGCCCACCAGCGGCCAGGGCGACCACGGCGGACUCGUGGCCCCGCGAGGGGGGACAGUUUGCGGGGUGAGGCGGGCAGAGGGCGCAAGGGAGGGCGGCAGGCGGAAGAGAAGGCGGGGUGCAGCAGGUGAGUGGCAGGUGAUGGAGGAAGGGGGGGGUGAGGGGGAGGAGGGGAAGGAGGGGAAGGAGGAGGAAGAGGAGGGAGAGAUGGGAGAAGUGGAGGAAGAGGCGGAGGAAGAGGAGGGGGAGGAGGUGGGGAUGGAUGAUGAGAUGGAUGACGAGGAGGAGGGAGGGCGCUGGUCGGUUCGCCUGCUAUUGCACUGCAAGGCACUGCGCCUCCUCGCUCUCUACCAGGUACUCCUCGCUCUCUACCAGGUACUCCUCGCUCUCUACCAGGUACUCCUCGCUCUCUACCAGGUACUCCUCGCUCUCUACCAGAGGGUGGUGCCGGCUGCCGUGGCGGCCUGCCACGUGGAUCCGCUGCGCUUCCUGCGCGCCCACCUGCCCUCGCUGCCUCCCCCCUUGCUGCGAGCCACUCUGCGCCUCCUCCUCGCCUUCUUCCCGCCGCCUUCUCAACACGCCCUUGCAUUCCCCGGGGCUGGGACUGGAGGGGCGCACAGCACACCGCCCCUGCCUGCACCGGUUGAAGCGGCACCUGUGGGGGGCGAGUCCCUCGGCACCUUUCCGCUGCACAACCAUCUGCUGCCGCUGCUGCUGCUGCGCCUCUCCCCCCCGCCCGCUGACCUCGCGCCUGACGUUGACUGGCUCUGCACCGCUGCCAUCCUCUCCUCACAUGCCUUCCAUGCCCGCCAAUCAGAAGCUGCCAUCUGGCUGCGCUUCCUGCCCACCAUGGCACCCGGCAGUGCUGGCAGCAGUGCGGCGGCAGCACGAGGGGUGGCGGCGUUUCUGGCGGAUGCCGUGGCGUGUGUGGCCCGCGCACCCCUCAAGUACCUCCUCGCCCUCCCCGCCGCCUCACCACCCCCUGCCCAUGCAUCCCACUGCCCCUCCUGCCGUGCCCGGGGCCACACCCCCAUGGGCUCCCUCGUGCACGCGCCUGCCCUGCUGGAAGCGAGUGUGCUGGCGCACCAAGCACUGCAGCCUGCCGCCACCUGCCACCACCACCACAUGUCCCCCGCGGUGGCUUCACCGCUGCCUCUCUUCCUCCCCCCCAUGCCCUCUUCUCCCCACCCCUCCACGAUUGCUCUCUCCCACCUCCUCCUCUCCCUGCCCUGCGCGCCUCUGCUCUCCCUGUGCGUGCGCGCCCUGCUCUCGCCCCUCAAGCUCCACCGCCGCCUCGCCUCCUGCCUUGCUGCGCUGCUGCUGGCCCGCCUGCGCCUGCUGUCUCCCCCCGUGCUGCAAGAGAGGGGCGCAGGGCCAAGCCAUGCCCGCCUGGGCGAAGGAAGCCUGUGGGGGGAGAGGAGGGGGGAAGUGGGGAGGGCUGUUGUGUUUGAGCUGGGGCGAGUGCUUGGCGUGGGUACGGCGGGGGGCGAGCAGGUGGGGGGGCCGGAGUGGAGGCGGCGGCAGCGGUGUGUGCGUGUGUGCAUGGCAGCGCUGGAGGCUGCCCUCAUGCCGCCACCGCUGCCCUCGCCCUCCCACCCCGUGCACGCUGCCAGCACGUGGAGAGGCGGGGGGGACGAGCACGGGCAGCAGGGCAGCGAGGAGGAUGAGAGAGCGUGUGAGUUCAUGGCGCAGGCAGCUGACGUCAUGUCGCACCCUCUGCUCCUCGCAGCAUUCACAGGCCACCUCGAUGACGCCUGCCAGCCGUUCCUCUGCGUCGCCCACCACUCCCUUGCUGCCUCCCUCGCGCCCUUCCUCCCUCCACACUCCCCGUCUCCCCCUGCCUGCCCCCCGCCUGUGCGCACAGCCUCGCAUGCGGUGGUGCUGGUAUUGCCUGGGAGGAGCGGCGAGGGCGGGGUGGGCAGCAGUGCGCAGGAGCAGUGCAGGGUGUGGCGGCAGGUGGCAGGAGGGGCGCUGGCCGACUGGCACUUCGACUUUGACACCAGCUGUGUCACGUGGAGGGGGGAGGGAGAUGGCAGGGGAGGAGGGGAAGGGGCUGGGGAGGAGGCAGCGCAAGAGGAGGCGGCGCAAGGGGCGGCAGUGCCAGUGAGCGUGGUGGUGGCGCUGUGGCUCUCUCGAUUCAUUGCCCUGCCAUGCCACUCCUCCCCGUCUCCCCUCCUGCAGCCCGCCCCUCCAUGUGCCUCUGCUAUUCAGCCUGCUCUUGCCCCUUCCUGUCCGCACGUCGCCCGUGUUUCCUCCUCGCCGUGCCUUGCCAGCCUGGCAGCAUGGGCGGGAUGGAUGGCAGCAGUGGUGCAGGGAAUGGCGCACGGGCGGAUGGCGGAUGGGAGCAUGGUGAUUGGGGGUGGGGCAGCAGGGGAUGGUGAGAGGGAAAAUGUGAGGGGGGCAUGUGAGCACAUGGCGCUGACAGUUGCAUGUGUCACAUUCCAACACGCCAAGGCAGCUGUGGGCGAGGGGCAUGGUGGGUUGUCGUGGGUGGCCCCACAGCCACUGCAGCACAGCGCGGUGUGUGGGGGGGCGCACAUGUGUGCGCGUGGGGCGCUCUCAGCGCUGGUGGAGGCGGCCCUGCACGCGCUGCUCACACGGGCCACACGACUUGCAGAGCACACAGCUGUCGUGGCACUGGAAGCAGCGGUGCACCUGCCCUGCCUGCACAUCUGGCCAGGCCCUGUGGCGUGCCACGCACCGUGCUCGCGCGUGCACGUGGCGCGUGUGUGCCCUGCAGCUCUUGAGCGGCGCGUCAUUGACGCGUGCGUGCAGCACCCCUCGUGGCGCCGUGGCAACCUGCUCUCGCUGCUCCUCGCUGCUCACUCGCACUCUCACGGGCGCUCUGAGGGGCGCACAGGGAGCAGCAGAGUGGCGGGCGAGGUGGUGCAGGCUGUGGCUCAGUGGAUGGGUGGCGAGGAUAAGGAGUGGUCGGGCGCACGCUCAGCGAGGGGUGUGAGUGGCAGGGCGGAUGCAGGAGGUGUGGGUGGUGGGCGGGUGACAAUGGCAGCGGGACAGCUUCAGCAGGUGGCAGCCGUGCAGCUGGCUCGUGUGGCCACACACCUGGCACGUACACUCACUGCUGCUCCACCUUCUCCCAUGCCGCCUCACUCGCCACCGUCUCCCACCACCCCGCACGUUCCCCUGCCUCUGCUGCAGCACGGCCUCGCCUCGAUGCGCCUUGCAGCUGUGGCGUGCCUCAAGCACCGCUUCGCCCACCCUCUCGCCUUCCACUCCCUCACCCUCGCCUGCCGUGCCCUGCUCGCCGCCGCCACUGCCCCCUCCGUGCAACCACCGGAGCAUCCCGUGCCAGCAGCAGCACCGCCGCCAUCACAGUCGCCGUCACAGUCGCCGUCACAAGGCGUGGCAGCAGCGGUGUCCAGCGUGGGGUGCGACCUCUUGGACCUCCUCCUCGCGCACUCUCGCACGCUGCCUCUCCUCCUCUCCCCCUCCGCUGGCCCCUCCGCCGCCCCCCUGCCUGCAGCGCUGGCCCACCAACUGCACAAGGACAGCAGCAGAGCCGUAUCGCUCCCGUCGCCCCUCUCCCUCAUCCCCUCUGCCCUCCUCCCCGAUCUCCCCCUCAUUGCCGCAUCCUGCCCGCCCUCUUCUGCUCGCGGUCCUCCCACACACGCCAGCUGGCGGGGGACAGCGUGGCAGGUGCAAGAGGGGCAGCGAGAUGCAGACAGGGAGGAGUUGGGGGGAGAAGCGGAAGCAGGGGCAGGCGUGGAGGUGAAGGUGCAGGCCAGCGAACUCCUGCACUCGUGCCUUUUCUCCCCCAUGCUCUGGCCGCUCGCAUCGCUCUUUGCGCUGCUGCUCGCCCUCUACGGCGCCACCCUCAGCCCCACCGACCGCGCCCUGCUCGCCCUCAUGCACCUCCUCACACGCCUUGCACGCCACGACAAGCCACGUGCGGCAGCCCACAUUGAGGGGGGGGACCACCAAGCUGCGCAAGCAGCAGGGGGUGCUGAUGGGAUGAGCGCGGUGGGUGCAGAGGAGUUCCGGGGUUUUGAGUGGUUUGACUUCCUUUGGGGCCAGGGGGCCGCGUCACGUUGGGAGUGGCAGCAGGGGAGGGGACGAGCACCAGCACAGGCAGGGGGCGAGGGCCAGGCAGAAGGUGCGGCGCAACAUGGCAGGGAGAUGGGGGUAGCGGGGGGAAGGGAGGUGGGUGGGAAUGGUGAUGGUGUGUUUGAGGGGCGCGAGCAGCGGCAGUGGCGGUUCUGGUGGGAGGAGGCGGCGGUGGACGCCACACGCUGUGGGCUGCUCGUGCUCGCCUUCCCGGCCCUCCGCCACGCACACUUGGGAGGGGAUGCGGGCGAGCAGGAGCGAGAUGGAGAGGGAGGGGGAGUGGAGGACGUGGAGCAAGAGGGUGAGGGGGUGAGUGAGUGGAUGGGGCACGAUGGCACGCACAUGUGCGAGUGCAGUGCGAGCUGCAUGGGAGGGGGGGGCGACCCUUGUGUGGGGCAGCAGGCUGGGCAGGGCCACCCUCUCCCCGGGUCAGCAGCAGCUCAGGACGUGGCGGUGCAGCAGGCAGCCUACGACCCCGCCUUCCUGCUCCCCUUCACCCUGCACGCCCUCUCGCGCCGCCUCCUCUCCCCCCGCAUGGCUGCCCGCUGCGGGCUCAUGGCGGCUGCCAUUGCCAGCCUGGCGUCGGCGCAGCACAGCAUGCGGCGCAUGGGCUACGCCACACUCGCACUCUUCGCCGCUCUGCUCGAGGUAUGUGCGCUGCUGCAAGCCAUUUUGGGCUCAAGUAGCGCUCUUCGGCUGAUGAUGCUGGCAUGCAUAAGAGAGACCGUGCCACUGCUGCUGCCGUGCCUCAUGAGUGGCUCGCCCCACCACCGCGCCCAGCGCACGUGGCUGCUGCACCUCCUCGCCGCCCUCGCCCUCCCACCCUUCCAUGCCUCCCCUGCAGCCCCUGUCCCUUUGUUACUUCCCCUUGCCCCACAACUGGCUGCUGGAGGGGAAGGGCAAGAGAUGGGUGGUGGCAGGGGGGACGGGGACAAGGGAGGCGAUGGGGAUGGGGGCAGUGGCAAUGGAGAGGAAGGCCACAAGGCUGGCAGUUUGGAGGCGGGUGCUGUUCUGCCGCGCCGCUUUGUUGUGGAGCUUCUGGGAAGUUUCUUCGCGUGUGGGGUGAGCGAUGUGUUCACCUGCAAGCUGAUUCUGCAGGUGUUGCGGCGCGUGUGCUGUCUGCCAUCGUACGCGGGCCACCUGGUGCGGCAAGGCGGGCUGCUGCUGUGGCUCACAGCCGUUGUGCACGCUGCCUCGCACAGCCUCCACCGUGCCCACGCCCACACCGCCCUCCUCGCUCUCCUGCUGCCUACCACUCCACGUGCACUGCAGCUCGCUGGAUCCCCUGCAGCCACAGCAGGAGCAGCUGCUGCAGGGCGGGCAGAGGGCAGGCAGCCAGAAGUUGAUGUUCUAGCGCUCACGGUGGAGGUGCUGCAUGGGCUGCUCUCAUGCCCUCCCGUGCAUGCAGCACUGCUCUCACAUGCCACCUCAACUUCCCAUCACCUCCUCCUCCUCACCUGUGCAUUGGAACGUGCGUUACACACAGUGUCUCACAGCACCCAGGCCCUCUCGCCCUCUUCCCUUGGGCUCGCAAGGCUCACCCAUGCUGCCCUGGUGCAGCUGAUUGCCGUGUUGCCAGAAGUCAGAAAGCACUUAGGGAAAUAG